AAUAAACUCAUGGCUAUUAAUUAAAUGCUGUUGCCUUUACUACGAGUACUGCUGCGUGCGCCACCCCAAAGCUGAACGCAGCACAAGCCGCAGCAAAGUCCUUGGCAAAAACCCAAGCCACGGCCGCCUUCGUCAUCGACCUGCCGCGCUUUGGGCUCAUAUGUAACAACGAACCCUGCCCUCUCUUUGCUAGCUCGCCCACUUUCACAACCCACAAACUCCUUGCGCCAUGAGUUGGAAAGGCUUCACCAAGGGCGUCGUCCGCGCCCCGCAAACAGUCAAGCAGCGCUUCAACAUCGGCGAAAUCACAAAGGAUGCCGUCUACGUCGAUGCCGAGCGCCGCUUUGAAGAGUUGGAAAAGGAGACCAAGAAGCUACAUGAGCAGUCCAAGAAAUACUUUGACGCCAUCAAUGGCAUGCUUGAACACCAGAUCGAGUUUUCCCGCGCCUGCGCCGAAAUCUACAAGCCCAUAUCCGGACGCGUAUCCGAUCCGGACUCGUUCGUGCAGGAAGGGAAUCCCGAGGGCAUCCGCGCGUGCGAGGAGUAUGAGGCUGUGGUGCGAGACCUGCAGGCAACCCUGCAACCCGAGCUCGAGAUGAUCGAGUCGCGCGUAAUAAAGCCCGCCGACGAACUAUUGGAGAUUAUCAAGGUCAUCCGGAAGGCGGCCGUGAAGCGCGAUCACAAGCAGCUCGACUACGACCGGCACCGCGCCACGCUCAAGAAGCUGCAGGACAAGAAGGACAAGACGCUCAAGGACGAAAAGGCUCUAUACAAGGCGGAAAACGAUGUGGAGCUGGCGACGCAAGAAUACAACUAUUUCAACGAGCUGAUGAAGGAUGAGAUGCCCAAGCUUUUCCAGCUGGAGCGCGAGUUCAUCAAGCCUCUUUUCCAGUCUUUCUACUACAUGCAGCUUAACGUCUUCUAUACGCUUCACGAGAAGAUGCAGGCCAUGGACAUUGGCUACUUCAACCUUCAGCUGGAAAUCGAGGCCGGUUUCGAGGAGGCUCGCGGCGACAUCAAGGAGCAGGCAGAAGCGCUUGGCAUUGUCAAGUUCAAGACCACAGGUGGAAUCAAGCGCCCGCCGCAGCUCAAGUACGGCCAAAAGGCACAACUCGCCAUCGAGGACCGCACGGCAUCACCCGGUCGCCGGUUGACCAUGGACUCGGCCGACACGGCGCCUCCACCCGCAUACAGCCCCGCUCUCGCUUCGCCGACGAUACAAACCAGCCUGGCGGCAGGCGGCGCAGAUAUGAAGCGCAGCGCCAGCACAGGCAGCAACUGGAGCGCGGCAGCCAAGGCAAAGGCCGCGCCUCCGCCACCCAAACCCAAGCCCUCGCGCUUAAGCGGCGUGCCUGCGCCGGAGACGUGUACGGCGCUGUACGAUUACGAGGCGCAGGCGGAAGGCGAUCUUAGUUUUACAGCGGGCGACACAAUUGAGAUUAUCACGCGGACGCAGAACGUGAAUGAGUGGUGGAUCGGGAAAGUUGGGUACAAACAGGGACAGUUUCCUGGAAACUACGUGCGCCUGAACUCAUAGACAUAGAUGGAGAGUGUUGCGUUUGAAUCAAAGGCGUCAGGGCUGGCAUCGGGCAAAGCUGUACUGUCUCUUUCUCGUUCGUUGGAGUACCCAUUUGCGCAUGGUCGGAUAGCUCUCGCGCUCCGAGUGCCUAUUUUUUCGUGUGAUAUAAAUACACUACUAUCCCCCUCACAGUACUAGGCCGUGCCGCGGUGUAGCUGAGCAGCUGAGCAGAAGAAGAAGAAAUGUCGUCGA